ACUCUCGAAUCUUUAUUUGCAGAGGACCGCUCGUCCCGUUAUUCUCUGGAAUUAUUAUAAUUUUUUUUAUCAAUAAUUAUUUUGUUUUUUUCUAAGAAGCAAGAAAUAUAUACAAAGCCGAGUGUGGCAUUGCCGGCCAGUCUGUAGAAAUGUCAUAAAUAUGGUGUAAAAGGAAGAAGCGAGUUCUCUAGUUGGUAGGCGAUUUUUUUCUCCAUCAUUAAUAAUAACCGGGAGGAAUUUCUCUGUUUUAUCAAACGCAAGUAUGUCAGGAAAACACUUCAGCGUGCACGAAGUGGGUUGUUGCAUCAAAUACUUUAUAUUUGGAUUUAACAUUAUAUUUUGGCUGCUCGGGGUGGCGUUCCUGUCCGUGGCUCUGUGGGCCUGGAGUGAGAAAGGGGUUCUCUCCAACAUAUCCUCCAUCACAGAUCUGGGCGGGUUUGAUCCCGUGUGGCUGUUUCUCGUGGUGGGUGGGGUGAUGUUCGUGCUCGGCUUCGCAGGAUGCAUCGGUGCUCUGAGGGAAAACUCCUUCCUUCUUAAGUUUUUUUCCGUUUUUCUGGGAAUCAUAUUUUUCCUGGAGUUGACAGCGGGAGUCUUGGCGUUUGUCUUUAAGGACUGGAUUAAAGACCAGCUCAAGUUCUUCAUCAACAACAAUAUUAGAGCCUACAGAGACGACAUUGACCUACAGAAUCUCAUCGACUUCACACAAGAUUAUUGGGAGUGUUGUGGAGCUUUUGGGCAUGAAGACUGGAAUCUGAAUAUUUACUUUAAUUGUACUGACACUAAUCUGAGCAGAGAGAAAUGUGGGGUUCCCUUUUCCUGCUGCACCAAGGACCCUGCUGAGGAUGUGAUAAACACACAGUGUGGAUAUGACAUUCGAGCGAAAGGUGACAAUGAACAGAAGAUGUUUAUACACACGAAAGGAUGUGUACCGCAGUUUGAGAAAUGGUUACAGGAGAAUCUAACCGUAGUUGCUGGAAUCUUUAUAGGAAUUGCACUUCUGCAGAUAUUUGGGAUCUGUCUGGCACAGAAUCUUCUGAGUGACAUUGAGGCGGUCAGGGAGAGCUGUUUGUUCACCUGAAGCACUCCAGCCGUUCUGCUGACAGAGCCUCCAUCUCUCUAUCACUCAGCAACAGGGUUGGCACAUUGUCAUCACAGUAUCCUAGCAACCAGCGAGGGAUUCCAUUCACAUACCUCCUUUAUUACAUUGUACAGCGACAUCUUCAUGUUUCCAUGAUAAUGGUGUCCAAUCGUAGAUUUGCUUUUAAUCCUUCUUCAAGUGCAAAAUUCAACAGUAUUAACACAAUGAGUCUACACACAACUCAUUUGUCGUCUUUAAGCCUUUAAGAAACACUUAAAGGAAUGGUUGACCCUACACUGAAAAUGUACUUACCCUUAGGUCAUCCAAGAUGUAGAUGAAUUUUUCUAC